UCCAUCCUCUGGCAAGAGAUAUGACUCAGCGUUAAUGAGCUCAAAAUAUAACAACAGACCACAAAUUAAGUAGUGAGUUUACUUAAUUCUAUUUCUCGCAUGAAUCGUUCUACUUAAAUAGCUUUUUGUCUUUUACAUCAUGGAUAGUUUCCGCGGUUUGUUUGAUAAACUCGACAGGGAUAAUGACGGUUUUAUAUCUCGUGAGGAGCUGCUGAGUGAAAUGCGAAGGAUAGGUGUGGAACCAGUGUGUGAAAAGGUUCAAGAAAUCUUGUCAAAUUAUGACCAAAACGAGGAUGGACGUCUUAGCUAUCAGGAAUUUCUUAUUUAUAUAAUGGACAGAGAGAAGAAAUGGAAAAUAGAUUUCCAUGCCCUUGACAGAAAUAAAUGUGGGGCAAUUGACCUGGAGGAUAUCAUGACUCUGUUUAAGGAAUUAGGUUUGGUCAUAUCAAAACCCAAUGCAAAAAGAAUCAUUCAAAUGAUGGAUGAAGACAACUCUAUGACAGUAGACUGGGACGAAUUCCUCCAGCACGUUAUAAUCAACCCAGCAGAAAACAUUGGAGAGUUAGUAUCUUCCUGGAAACAUAACCUGGUGUUUGAUGUAGGAGAGAGUCGCUCUUUGUCUAUUGAGUUAACCCAGGACGGGACUGACCUGUCGAUCUGGGGGAACUUUAUACUGGCCGCAGGCCUGGCAGAUGCAGUGUCCAGAACUGUGACAGCACCAAUCGACCUGUUAAAGACACGACUUCAGGUUUUUGGAUCCAAAGCUGUGUCUCUGGGACUCCGAGAGCUGAAGACUGGAGGUUUUAGAUCCUUGUGGCAAGGAAAUGCUGUGAAUGUUCUUAAAGGAACACCUCAAUCAACGCUUCAGUGCUUCAUCUAUGCCCAGAUGAGGAUGAGCACUCUGGGCGAGAGGGACAGUCUGUCGGUCCAUCAGAGGUUUGGACUGGGCUGUGUGUCAGGGGCGGUGGCACACGCUGUGUUCUACCCCUUAGAGGUGCUGAAAGUGAGACUCAAUCUCCAGCCGGCCGGCACCUACAAUGGAGUACUGGGAUGUGCCAAGCUGAUUUACCAGAACGAGUCCGUGGCAGCUUUCUACCGAGGGUUCAAGCCCAGCAUUCUCUGCAUGAUACCUUAUGCUGGAGUGGAAUGUGCAGUGCAUCAGUCAAUCAUGAGCUGGGCAAGACAGGAUCAAGAGCAAGUCAGUGACUCCAAGCUGUUCCUCUUCAGUUUUGCUGCGUUUGCAUCGGGACAGGCCACCAGUUACCCACUUGCUGUCAUUAGGACACAACAGCAAGCUCAAGCUUUCUGUUCGACCUCUGGGAAGACUGCGGAUGCUCUUCAAGGACUCGUCGGCAUCUAUGAGAAAAAUGGAGUCCGAGGUUUUUAUAACGGAAUGGGUGCUAGCUUUGUGAGAGCUGUUCCCUGUGCUUUGCUGAAUUACACCCUGACCUCAAAAUUUGAGACAUUGCUUUCUUCAUUGUCCUAAUGUAGAAUAGUGGUUUUGAGUUUUUAUUGUUAUUUUUUAUUUAUUUGAAUUAUGUCAGAUCACGUGCAUUCCUGUGUUACCUAAUGUUAUGGUGAUGACAUGUGACUAUGGUAUGAGUAUGUGGUAUCAGUUUUUGAUAUCUGAGCCUUUUAACAAGUACACAAGCACCAUAUCAGUAUUUUGUUCAUCUUUGUUGUCAUUUGAGUCUGCAACCAUAUCAUGAAAUUUGAAUCAUGUUACCAACCUUCCUGACAUCAAAGAUCAUUAUUUGCUUGGUACUAUGAUGUACUUAAUCAUUAUGACACAAGUGGUAAAGUGAAAAAGUGUUUUUUUCCUCCAUAAUUGUCUGUUAUUUUUGCUUGUGGUCUAUUCCCUGGACGUCACUAAAGUAUUGAGACACCUCUGCAGAAUAUGUGUAAAUAUUAAUUUUGCUGUGAGUAAGUUUAACUUGUUGCAGUUAGGCUACUGAGCAUACAAUUCAAUUGUUGCUUUUCCUCUUUAUCUAAUUAUGUAUAUGUAUAAUUAUGUAGCCUAAUUCACAGUGUUAAAACUGUAAUAAAAUCUACAAUUGGCAGUAUUUAAACAUACUAAAAAAAGUCAAUUUUUCUUUUUUUUUUUUUCUUCACAAAGAACC